AUGGCUCCUGGUGAUACCGUAGAAGAAGCUGCCCUGGCCGACGGCGUCACGAAGUCGACAUGCGUGGACUUGAGGCAACGUGUCAAGGACGAGAAAGCCUCCCACGAUCUGGUUCUCAAGACGUUCCGUCUGUUAAUCGCUGAUCUCUGUCAACAGUAUAAUGGCGGACAUCCUGGAGGUGCGAUUGGAAUGGCGGCAAUCGGUGUUGCGCUGUGGAAAUAUGUGAUGCGAUAUGCCCCUCAUUCUCCCGACUUUUUCAACCGCGACCGGUUUGUGCUCUCCAACGGCCACACUUGUCUCUUCCAGUACGCCUUCCUCCAUCUCACGGGAUAUAAGGCCAUGACCUUUGAGCAACUCAAAUCCUAUCAUUCGGACCGAUACGACGCACUUUGCCCGGGCCAUCCCGAGAUCGAACACGAAGGUAUCGAGGUCACUACAGGGCCUCUCGGCCAGGGAGUCGCUAACUCUGUUGGGCUUGCUUUGGCUACGAAGCACCUCGGUGCGACUUACAACAGGCCCGGUUUUGAGGGUCUUGUGUCCAACCAUACCUGGUGCAUGGUCGGCGAUGCUUGUCUACAAGAGGGCGUCGCGCUUGAAGCCAUUUCCCUUGCUGGGCACUUUAGGUUGAACAACCUCACUAUAAUCUACGAUAACAACCAAAUUACGUGCGACGGUACCGUUGAUCUCACAAACACGGAAAACGUUAAUGAAAAGAUGCAAGCCUGUGGUUGGAACGUCAUUGACAUCGAGGACGGCUGCUUCGACGUCACCGGGAUUGUCGACGCUCUCUUGGCGGCAAAGAAGGCCGAUAAACCCACCUUCAUCAACGUAAAGACAGUUAUUGGCGUCGGUAGCAAAGCCGCCGGGACUGCUGAUGCACACGGGGCGGCCUUUGGCGCUGCCGAUGUUGCUAGCAUGAAACGCGCCUACAAUUUUGACCCCGAGCUGCAUUUCGUCAUUGGUGACGAGGUUAGGCAGUUCUUCGCUGGUAUUCCUGCUCGUGGUGAGGCCUACGUCGAGGAAUGGAACAGUCUUGUAGCUAGGUAUGAGCAGGCUUACCCCGAGCUCGGGGCUAAAUUUCGUGACCGAGUGACGGGGAAGCUCCCUCCUCGGUGGAAGGAGCUUGUUCCCGCUCCUGGAACGUUCCCUACCGCCCCAACGGCCAGUCGUGCUGCUUCCGGUUUGGUAUUAAACCCUAUUGCCAAAGAGCUUGAAAACUUCAUGGUGGGGACUGCUGAUCUAUCUCCGUCGGUCCAUAUGAUUUGGCCUGGCAAGGUUGACUUCCAGCACCCCGAUCUCAAGACUGGCUGCGGAAUCAACGGAAACUAUACUGGACGAUAUAUACACUAUGGUAUCCGGGAGCAUGCCAUGUGCGCCAUUGCUAACGGCCUCGCAGCUUACUCUCCCAGCACAAUCAUCCCCGUCACUUCAUCCUUCUUCAUGUUCUAUCUCUAUGCGGCACCGGCCGUCCGCAUGGGCGCCCUUCAACGUCUCAAGGUGAUUCACGCCGCGACUCAUGACUCCAUCGGUCUCGGGGAGGACGGCCCCACCCACCAGCCGAUUGAGCUGGCCACUCUCUACCGCGCCAUGCCUAAUAUACUGUAUAUACGGCCCGGAGAUAGUGAAGAAACCGCUGGUGCCUGGAUCGCCGCUAUCGAAGCAGAAGGGAUGCCCGCCAUCGUUUCCACCAGCCGCCACAAGCUCCCUCAACUUGCGCAGACGAAGCGUGAGGGUGUCCUCAGGGGCGCAUAUAUUCUUCAGGAAAACGAAAAGGCUGUCCUCACUCUCAUCGGCGUAGGUGCCGAGUUAUGUCAAGCCGUCGGUGUCUCGGACAAGCUCCGGGAGCAGGGUAUCGAGACUCGCGUCGUCAGUUUCCCUUCAUGGAGGUUGUUCGAGAUACAGCCCCUCGAAUACAAGCGUGAGGUGCUUCGCCGCAGCCAGAUUCCCGCCGUAGUUAUCGAGCCGUAUGCCGCUACUGGCUGGGAGCGCUACGCGGAUGCGGGUAUUUCUAUGAAGACUUUUGGUCAUAGUCUGCCCGGACCGGCUGCUUACAAGUACUUUGGAUUUGACGUGGACUCUCUUGCCAGGAAAGUAACGGGCUAUCUUCAGAAACUCAAGCAGGAUGAGCUGCUUAAGCAUGAGUUUGUUGAGCUAUGA